CCUCAUGACAAAUUGUUUUAAAAAUAUGCAUAUUCAUGACGUUGCGUACAAUAAUAUUCAACAAGCCAUUCAGAUGAUAUCUCAUUUACCUGACGAUGUAUAUACAAGAACUUCAGUGGUUAUGCCAUAUAGCACUAUUGGGAAACAUGUACGGCAUUCAUAUGAUCAUUUUAUUCAACUGAUCAAACAAGCAAAAGGCGAACAUUGGACCAUUGACUUCGAUGCAAGGGCAAGAAAUACACCAAUGGAAGUGGAUCGAGCUCAAGCUAUUCAACAAUUGAAACAACUACAACAAUCCUUAUUUGAAAUACGUGACAUACCACUAGAAUACCCAGUGACUUUAUCCGCCUCCAUUGAUCCAAACGAUCCAACUCAUUAUCCUUUUGUUUCCUCUUUUGGUAGAGAACUUUGGUAUUGUUGUAUUCACGCGAUUCAUCAUUUUGCUUCUAUAAAGGCUAUCUGUAUUGAAGCUGGACAUACUUUACCUGCUGAAUUUGGAGUGGCACCUUCUACUAUACAAGAUCAUCGAAAACAUUUAUCAUGAUUCAUCUAGAUAUCAUCUCCAUACCACUUUUUUCCUUCUUUGUCGUUAGUUAUGCAAUAAAUCUUUUCUAUUAUCUUCAUAUAUCAUUUCACUUAUUCCAUUCCCUCCUUCUUUUUCGCAUUAUCCACCCCAUCAGUAUAGUCAAGAUGUAUUUAUUUGACAAUAAUAAACAUA